AAGACAAUUUUAAACAACAGGAGCAAAUAAAUUGAAAGAUUUAACUAAUUGAAAAUGAAAUUUCGUUAAAUAGUUGCAACUAAAAGAAUGUUUUUUCUUGGCAAAAAAUAUCAUCUGGCAACGGUGUAUGGAGCACACGUACCCAUCUAUGACGUACGCAAUCUCCUUAGGAAAUCCCCUGAUCGUUGAUAGUUGAAAUAGAACAAGAACCAUGCCUACCACUGGGAUACCGGCAGUUCAGGCAAAUGAUCUGGUAGUGAAGGUAAGAAUUGCAAAUUCAUCUGACUUUGAUUUUAUUGAAGUGACACUCCCACGUAAGAAGUUUACAUAUGAUACCCUUAAGGGAGUUUGCUGCAAAGAGUUAGGAAUACAACAACUUGAGGUGGAGAGAAUAAGGAAGUUACCAAACACCCUAAUCAGAAAAGACAGUGACGUAGAAAGACUGACCGAAUUCCAACAGCUUGAAAUUGUUUUACGAAAUGAUAUAUUAAUGAACAAGGGUGAAAAUUGUAAAGUGGAAACAUUUGAGGGAGAAACUUCAACAUGUUCAAUAAAUCCCUCGAUCAAUCACCAGGUUGACAUUCGAAAUAUGCUUACUACAAAGUUACUAUCAGGUUGGGGGCCUCUAGUACUGCAGGUAAAAAGGGUAGAUCGUCACGUUUCUGAUCCAGAUUGGAUUAGAGUGGAACUCCCAUAUUCAAAACUUAACUAUAUGUCUCUUUUGAACGCUUGCUGUAAAGGAUUGGGAAUAUAUUCAGAAGAUGUAGUUAAAAUAAGGAAGGUACCGCACUUCCGUAUUUUAAAUGACAGUGAUGUAAAAUGUCUGUCCCAAUUUGAUUGUAUUGAAGUUUUAGUAGACUUUAAACUUUAAAUGCAUCAUGUAAACCAAACAAAAAUAAAGUGAAAUAUCAUUUGCAGUUUUACAAGUCUGU